AUGUCACUUUUUGACACGUUCUUGCAACUUCCUUUAAGAAUCAAUAAAGGCCAAGUUCUUUCAGAUCAGGAGGAUCUGAAGGAGGAACUGAGUUCAUUUAACAAUUUGGUUAAAGCAAUUGCAACCAAUCAGUGUCCAGAGGAUAUACCAUCACCGCCGGGUGAUGUGCAUCCUAAGCGAUCUAUCCACAUUAAUAGAUUAAAAGAGUCAGGAAUUGAGUGUUAUCGGAAGAAGAAUUAUGAAGAUGCAGUUAAACUUUAUACUCUUGCUAUAGAAAUGGCAUCUGGACGGCCACACUGGGAACCAGUGGCUCUUAGUAGGGAUGAGUUAGCAACGGCGUUUUAUCAGCGCAGCAUAGCGUAUAUUGCAUCAAAACAAUGGGGAAAAGCAUUUGUAGAUGCAUCGACAGUUGUUGGAAUCCGAAAAGCAUGGAGCAAAGGGCAUCUUUGUAAAUCAAAAGUGUUUCAGGGUAUGGGAAUGUUAGAUAAAGCAAAGGAAUCACUUGAAUUGGGAUUAAGUUUUGAACCUAGAAAUGAUGAACUAUUGACUGCUCUUAAGGAGUUGAACAAACAACUAGGAAAGCAUUUUUGA